CUUCGUGCUGCGGUGUGCAGACAUGGUGAGUGUGUUUCGUUUCAGUGUUGGUGUUGCUGUGGUGCGUGAGGCUACAGAGCAGUGCAGGCUGAGCACAGCGGCGGAAGGUGCCACACACACACAAAAAGAGGCAGAAGUUGCUUUCCCGCUUCCUGACUGACACAGACUGUCUGCUCUGGCAUGAGUCUAACUGACGAGACGUCCGACUGAACAGCUUCUGCUAAGCUAAAAGGAGACCGACGCUCAUCCUCCAAACCGUCUGUCUGUCUGUGGACUCGCCCAGGACGGUGUGCCCUCGUCCUCACUGACACUCACCCCCCCUCCACUCCCACCAUCUGAUGAAAUCAGACUGACAGGACCUCUGAGCUCCCCACACGCCGACACAGAGACUAACUUCAGCGGCUCAGAGGCUCCGGGUCAGCGCGGCUGGAGGCUCGGCAUCGAUGGCUUCGUUCAACGCGUCCGUGUCUGAGGAGACCAAGUCCAAAGUGGCGCAGGACGAUGCUAACCGGACACGGAACCAAACAGGUCAAUGCGCUCCCAUGCAGUCUCCGGUUGUGGGUACGCUAAAGCUAGUGGUGGGAAAUGGCACCAGUGUUGGAACUGUGAUGACCUUACAGUGCCCCUACAAGCACCGGGCGGUCAGCGGUGGACGGGUGUCCUGCGUGCAGGACAGUAACACUGCGCUGUGGAGCGGAGGAGUCCCAGAGUGUAGACCUGUCUCACGGUACGAGGAUGAAGGCUUCCGUUUGGCUUUGCUUGCAUCCAUCAUCAGCUCAGCCAUCAUCAUUUUCAUGAGCAUAAUCUUCAUCACCUCUUGCCUGCUGAAGCGUGUGAGAAAAGAGGAAAGGAGACGGAUGGAAAGAGAGAGAAGGAAGAGAGAAGAUUGUUGGCAGCACAUGGAACAACAGGAAAUGACAGAAGGUUUUUAUAACCAUAAAGAGCGAAAUAACAACAACAACAACAGCAAACCACCGCAACUUACUCCUCAACCCAUACAUCAGUCUGUAUCUGAUAUCCAGCCAGGCACGUUUAGUGAUCAGCAGGCUGCAUGCAGAUAUCAUCAGCAAGACUACCUUCUGAGCAUCCACCCCAGCCAGCCUCCCCUCAAAGCAAUGCCCCCCACCUCUUAUAUAAACACCCAGACCACAUGUGUCCUACAGCCUCUUGAAACACAUAUUCCACCUCCACCACCCUGCAGUGGAUAUGAUCCCACUUUGGAACAGCCACCGUGGAAACAAUCCAUACCGACCUUGAUGGUCACACAGGACAGUGCACUCUCAGGUGUGGGUGGACAAGGCCAACAUCCACUUGAUGCAAAAAGCCCACCCAUUUGGGUUAUAUCUGUAUGAACAGUUGUUCUGCAGCAAUAAAUCAGACUGUUUGCCCGUUAUGGAUGGACCACUAAACAACUUCGUUGCUAAAUACAAAGAGCAGUAAGGCCAAACCUUGUUUCCAGUCUGAGCUCUUAACUGAGAAUGAGGCUUUCUUACAAUGUUGUUUUUUAUCAUGUGUGCCUUAAGAGCAGCUUAAGAACCAGGAUGGGACAGUCCUGUUCUUAAAACCAUGCAUUCCUCUAGAACUUUAUGCUAACCCUAAUCUGAUAUGCCCGACACCUCUGUUUAUUAAUGAGCUAAUGUAGGUAGGAGGAUUACAGAUUUGUGCUUUGAACUGCAAUAAUGGUCAUGUACAUGGGAGAUCCAGUGGUUCAUUAUUGUUUCUCCAAGCCAGUCAAUGACAAAGGUAAUGUAUAAUUAAUCAGAAUAGGCUAUGUAUCAUCACAUGUACAGUACUGGUGCUUGUUUUGUCCAUUUUAUCUUGAUAAAUAUCUAUAAAUAUAUAUAUCCAAACAAGGACUUCUCUGGUCAGAAACUGACCACUUGACAAGCAAGUCCAGGCAUGGCUACCACAAACUGCAUGGCAGCAGUUGGGUUGUAGUUUCUGACUGUAUAUAAAGGCAGGUGAGAAUGUACAGACAUAUUUGACUUAUUGUUUCUCUUUCUCUCCCUCUCUCUCUCUCUCUCUCCCCCUCUCUCUCUCUCUCUCUCUCUCUUUCUCUCUCUCAUUUCCCCCCUUCUUGUGCUGUUUAUCCCUCCUAUUGCCUUCAAAUUUACGAACAUCUUUUAUCCUUUACUCCAGCAAUUUAAACCUCCAGUACCGGUACAGUUAUGUUAGGUGAUGGCCCUAAAACAGAGGGAAGUUUUUUGAAGAUAACAAAAUUGCAUGUUAUGUUCUCAAUAUAAUCCAAAACAGCCAAAAUAACUGUGUGUAUACAGCUGAAACAACCUGGGGUCAAACUGACCCCAAAGAACACCAAUGCGUACAAAAUGUGUACAGGACAUUGAAAGCAUAUCAUCAUCAACAUAAAAUUCAUUUUAUGUUUGCCCAGUUGUGCCCACUAAGUUAGGAAGAGUCAUUAAUUAUGAAGCAAAAAAAAAAA